AUGACUGAUAUACCUCCUGGCGUUUCCGGAACCAACCUCCAGUUUUUUGCAAGCGGUGGAGACGAAAGCGUAUGGUUGCCAUACACCAACAUCAAGUAUUACACCAACGCGUUCAUCGUGAAAGAUAACAGGGUACUGCUAGGGUACAAGAAGCGCGGCUUCGGACUCGGAAAGUAUAAUGGCUUCGGUGGAAAGGUCGAACCAGGGGAGACACCCCUGCAAGCAGCUAUUCGUGAGCUUGAGGAGGAAGCAGGUGUGAAAGCACCUCUCGAACAUGCUGGCUGCUUGUUCUUCCUCAGCGAAGGGGCGGAAUGGGCAUUCCAGAUAGAGAUAUAUCGAGCAGACAACUACGAAGGCAUUGUUACUGAGUCUGACGAGAUGCGACCCGAGUGGUUCUCCCUCCCCGAUCCAAUUUCGAAAGACGGACCAAUCAACCCAAUUCCCUUUUCCAAAAUGUGGGAGACAGACGAAAUCUGGCUUCCUCUCUUAUUUGAGAAGAGAAAAUUCUUCGGCCGAGCAGAUUUCACGAAAGCCGGAGACGUGCUCGUGCCGCAUCGAUGGUGGUACGGCGUCGAGCAAAAUGAGUCAUAG